AUGGCGCCCGUCUCAAUGCCUUCGGCCCUCACCUUUGAGCUGCUGGGAAAGUGCUCGGUCACCAAAGCACGCGCGGCAACGCUGCAUCUGCCUCAUGGCCCUGUACCCCUCCCCAUCUUCAUGCCCGUUGCGACGCAGGCCUCGCUCAAAGGCCUCACGCCCGACCAACUCGAAGACCAGGGCUGCCGACUAUGUCUAAACAACACAUAUCACCUAGGCCUUAAGCCAGGACAAGCGACACUCGAUGCCAUAGGCGGCGCGCAUAAGCUCCAGUCCUGGCCACACAAUAUCCUCACAGGUGCACCAUGCCACAGCUGGUGGGUGGGUCAUGCCUCCAACGUGAUGAACGAACGCACCAUAACUGACGCCAACACCAGUUUCCAGAUGGUAUCGCUCCUCAAACUCGCCAAAGUCACCGAAGAAGGUGUCCGUUUCCUCAGCCCCCACGAUGGGUCGCCCAUGCUGCUCACACCCGAGCACUCCAUCUCCCUCCAGAACUCAAUCGGCUCCGACAUAAUCAUGCAACUCGACGACGUUAUCGCAACCACCUCGCCCGACCACGCGCGUAUGAAGGAAGCCAUGGAACGCUCGGUACGCUGGCUUGACCGCUGCAUGCAAGCGCAUAAGUACCCAGACCGACAGAACCUUUUCUGUAUCAUACAAGGUGGCCUGGACCUGGACAUGCGGAAAGAAUGUACCGCCGAGAUGGUUGCGCGAGAUACACCAGGCAUCGCGAUAGGAGGUCUCUCUGGCGGUGAGGAGAAGGCAGCCUAUUGCGAAGUCGUGAAGACAUGUACCGACCUGCUUCCUGAGAAGAAGCCGCGAUAUGUCAUGGGCGUCGGAUAUCCGGAAGAUCUGGUCGUCUCCGUCGCACUCGGCGCCGACAUGUUCGACUGUGUCUGGCCAACACGAACCGCCCGAUUCGGCAACGCCAUCACAUCCCGCGGCUCCCUCAACCUACGCAAUGCCAUGUACUCCGAAGACUUUAGCGCAAUCGAACAAGGUUGCCGAUGCACCUGCUGCCGUCCGACAUCCGAUGGCGGACUGGGUAUCACUCGAGCCUACAUAUACCACGUCACCGCGAAAGAGACUGCUGGUGCCCACCUUCUCACCAUGCACAACGUCUACUACCAAUUAAAUUUGAUGAGGGAAGCGAGGGAGGCCAUCGUGCAGGAUCGCUACCCACAAUUUGUCAAGGACUUCUUUGGUGAUCUGUACAACAGGGAAAAGGAUAAGUAUCCUGUAUGGGCGGUCGACGCGCUGAAAAGCGUUGGUGUAGACCUGCUUGCCGAGUAG